AUGCAAAAAUGGAAGUUGAAUGAUUUUAAUGCUUUACUCAGUUUGGGCGACGUCCUACAACGAUAUUGGGAUUAUUUAGGAGGGAGUGGUACCGACACAAAGGAACUCCGCUUUGAAAUUGCAGAGAUUUGGUCUGGUUCAACGUUUUCUCAAUUAGUGAAAAGGCAAUAUGGUGCUUCUGAACUUGAGCAUCUUAGUGUGACUGACCUUAUGGAACUAGAGAAAGUGAUUCAUACUUCUCUUUCGCAAAUCAGAUCAGCGAAGUGA